CUCAAGUUACAGAGAGAAAUAAGGUAGCGGAGGGUAUCGCGAAGGGAGCCUGACAGCUGCCAGCGUGCGCACACCUUCCCCGGGUGACAUUCCCGCUGCCCGGGAUCCCACCCUGCCCUCCUGAAUGAAGCUGGGUGCCCUUCCAGCCAGCCUGCCAGGAUGGGCCAGCGCUGCUGCAAGCUCUAUCACUGCCUCCAGUGCCUGGACAAGACGAAUGAAAGUGCCCUUGUGAAAGAAAAGGAGUUGUCGGUGGAGCUUGCAAACAUCAGGGAUGAAGUGGCCCUCAACACGGCGCGAUGUGAAAAGCUGCAGAGCGAGAAGGAGGAGCUGGAGAGGCGGUUCGAGGAGGAGGUGAGGAAGCUGCGCCGGCAGCAGCAGGAGCAGCUGCAGGCGCUGGAGCAGCGGCUGCAGGCGCAGUACGGCGCCGAGGUGGAGCGCUUGCAGGAGGAGCACCGGCUGCAGCUCGCGCGAGCCCACGCUCAGCACCAGGAGCAGGUGGAAGAUAUCACAGCUACACACGAAGCUGCAAUAUUAGAGAUAGAAAAUAACCACACCGUUGCCAUUGCAAUACUGCAAGAUGAGCAUGACCGCAAACUUAAAGAACUGCUGUCUGCUCAUGACCUGGAAAAGAAAGAAUUAGGAGAGACUUUUGAAAAACUGCGGCUGUCACUCCAGGACCAGGUGGACACCCUCACCUUCCAGAACCAGUCACUUAAGGACAAAGCGAAGCGAUUUGAAGAGGCUUUGAAGAAAAACACUGAGGAACAACUGGAGAUUGCACUAGCUCCAUAUCAGCACUUGGAAGAAGAUAUGAAUAGCUUAAAACAAGUUUUGGAAAUGAAGAACCAUCUGAUUCACCAACAGGAGAAGAGGAUUAUGGAGCUAGAAAAAUUGGCUGAAAAAAAUUUAAUCCUGGAAGAAAAAAUCCAGGUGCUGCAACAGCAGAAUGAAGACCUCAGAGUCAGAAUUGAUCAAAAUACCGUCGUAACAAGGCAGUUGUCAGAGGAGAACGCUAAUCUUCAAGAAUAUGUCGAGAAAGAAACGGAGGAGAAGAAGAGGCUGAGCAGAACUAACGAAGAGCUCCUUUGGAAGCUGCAGACUGGAGAGGCCAUGAGCCCCGUUAAACUCUCUCCAACCUCUCCUACUCCUAUUUAUCGCUGCUCUUCAGGGCCUCCCACCCCAGCGAAAGUCAGCACCGUGCCAAGAUGACAGUGCCACCUGUGUGCUCAAGAUAACCUGGCUUUUCCGUGCGUUCCCAAUCUGCUGAAUGUUAUCAUCCAAGGAAGUAUCACCAACAAUACGCACCAGGAUUCGUUACUGCAAGCAUGCUCUGUAGCUGCGUAGCUUUACACUAGGCAGUGUGCUCUUACAGUCCCAGUAUAGGAGCUCCUGGUUCCAGCAUGCUGAUGUGUUAGGAUAGCAUAACAAGUCUAGUUUGAUGUGUAACAUUUUAACUGUGGUUAGAGCCAAAAGAAGGAAAAUGCUACUAUUAGUGGUUCGUCAGAAUGAACUUUCGCUGCAGUAUUCCAGGUUAGUUACAAACACAGUUCAAGUUGUGGAUAUCUCUAUAUGUGUGUCUGUGUUUAUAUACAUGUAUGUAUUAUACCUUUAUACCUAUAUAUAGACGCACACACAUAUAUAUCUAGUUGAAGAUGUUCUGAAUUGCAUUUUUUAUAUUAUUGGAUACUAUCAAGUGCUGAUAUAUUUUCAUUACAGUCAGCAUUUUUCUAACUCGUGCCUAAGACUUGUAUCUAAACAAAAUGCAUUUCUGUUUAGCCUCCCAGGAAUAUUUCUACCCAAACUAGAAGAAAGUUACACAGAAGUAGAAGCGCCUUCCAAAUGACCACCAAGUGGUACUCUAUGUAACAUGAACACCAGCGACUUUGAAAUUCUGAAACAGUACUGCCUUCAAAACCAUCACCUUUGUAUUGAACACCAGACAGGAGACACAUACCAUUCUCUGCUUUUUGAUUCUUAGCAUCAAUAUUGUGAGUGGAUAUAGGCUAGAGAAGAGAAACCUGAGGGUUUUAGUAAAUUUGGUAGAGGUUACUGGUUGACGUGUUUCAAUCUUAGUAUUU